AUGGAUUUGGUUAGGUUUGUUCAUGAUAUCUAUAAUCACAACAUUCAUAAGAAUACCAUUACAAAUGGAUUCAUCCAUACAAUGUAUCAACAACAACAACAACAACAACAACAACGACAACAACAACAACAACAACAACAACAACAAUACAAAGAAGAAAAACAAGAUAAACCAAAUCUAUUUAUCUGA